CCGCCAAUGCUUUGACAGCAGCGUGCAAGUUGGUUUCCUCACCGCCGCAUUGGCGUAUUGCCCUUCAAAUUUCAGAGGCAUCACAGUACAUGGUAUAGUGUGCAGAUUGCGGUUGAGUCACCGUCAUAGCGUGGCACAGUCAUAGGCGCAAUGAAAGACAGCUCAAACUUGCAGGGGCGACGGGCAUUGUCUAUCGUUGCCUCAAAGGCCAUGUCAAUGAGACCACCCUCCGACGACCCUUCUGGUACUAGAUAGGCCGCUUAGAUCCCUCUUUCUGGCAGACACAGCACAGUAGGCGAAUGGCCAAAAGGAUCCCUUCACCUGUAGCUAUCGCAUUCCGCACAAAGCGUCACAGGGUCGCAAGCAUAGAAUCAACAAAUGUUUUGAAUGGUCCUUCAGAAAACGAGCAAGAAAUAAAUCAGAAUGAGAGACAGCCAUCGCUGGUACAACGGUCGGCGGUAGGUAUACCUCCUUUUUUGACUUUUUUGUCCGAUAUCUCGUCGGACUCGGACUCCGCGUGUCCGAAAGGUUGGAUAUCGCUCAAGUCCGACUAUAAAGCGGUGCCCCAUUUCCCUCCCUCUGCUUUCUUCUGUCUAUCAUCUCGGCUGAAAGGAAUCUGUAGUCCUUUCUUGUUAUCAUUCUUUUUAUUAUACUUGUUCCUGCACGCUUCCUUGGCUCCCAGAACGCCUGACUAGUUUUUCUCUCUUGUUUUCCAGUCUUCUAUUCGCCAAGGAAGACCUCCGACACCACCUCCCACCUCACCCAUUUACGACGACCACUUCAUGUUCGUCUUCAAAAGAGAUGGCCGCCGCGAGCGGGUUGCUUUUGACAAGAUAACUUCACGUAUUAUGAAGCUCUGUUAUGGUUUGGAUAUGAAUUUUGUGGAUCCCGCCGAAGUUGCGCAGAAGGUCAUCACGGGGGUUUACCAGGGAGUUACUACGGUUGAGCUGGACAAUCUGGCUGCAGAGACCGCUGCGUAUUUAACGACCAAACAUCCAGACUAUGCUAUUCUUGCUGCCCGAAUAGCCGUAUCGAAUCUUCACAAGGAGACAAAGAAACAAUUCUCACAAGUCAUUGAAGAUCUUUAUAACUACGUCAAUCCUAAAAACCAAAAGCCUGCUCCCAUGGUUUCUGAAGAGACGUAUCAAGCAGUCAUGAAAAACGCAGAUCGCCUCAACUCUGCCAUUAUUUACGAUCGAGACUUCAACUAUAAUUACUUUGGUUUUAAGACGCUCGAACGAUCGUAUCUCCUCCGAAUCACGGGCAAAGUUGCAGAGCGUCCGCAACACAUGCUCAUGCGUGUGGCAGUUGGCAUCCACGGCGAAGAUGUGGAGGCAGCAAUUGAAACCUAUGAGUUAUUGUCGGAGAAGUAUUUCACACAUGCAUCCCCGACACUCUUCAACGCAGGCACACCCCGGCCGCAGCUCUCGAGCUGUUUCCUUCUGACCAUGAAGGAUGAUUCUAUUGAGGGUAUAUACGAUACCCUGAAGACGUGUGCGAUGAUUUCCAAGACGGCCGGUGGUAUCGGCCUCAACAUUCAUAAAAUCCGCGCACUUGGAUCUUACAUUGCGGGCACGAACGGCCAGUCAAACGGGAUCGUCCCUAUGCUCAGGGUGUACAACAACACCGCUCGCUAUGUCGACCAAGGCGGUAACAAGCGCCCUGGUGCCUUUGCCAUUUACUUGGAGCCAUGGCAUGCGGAUGUCUUCGAGUUCCUUGAACUCAAGAAAAACACCGGCAAAGAGGAAACUCGAGCACGUGAAUUGUUUUACGCUCUUUGGGUCCCAGAUCUAUUCAUGGAGCGGGUGGAAAAGAACGGCGACUGGAGUCUGUUCUGCCCUUCAGAAGCUCCCGGCCUCGAAGACGUUUGGGGUGCAAAGUUUGUGGAAUUGUACGAACGCUACGAAGCUGAGGGGCGUGCAAGGAGGACAGUGAAAGCGCAGAAGCUGUGGUAUGCAAUUCUCGAGUCGCAGGUUGAGACUGGGACCCCCUUCAUGUUGUACAAGGAUGCGUGUAAUGGCAAGUCAAACCAGCAAAAUCUUGGUACUAUCAAGUGCAGCAAUUUGUGUACCGAAAUCGUAGAGUACUCUUCCCCUGAUGAAGUUGCGGUUUGCAAUCUUGCAUCCAUUGCGCUUCCAAGCUUUGUCAUGAAAGAAGACGGGAAUUUGUUCUACAAUUUUGAGAAACUUCGUCAGGUGACAAAGGUGAUCACUAGAAAUCUGAACAAGAUCAUCGAUAUCAAUUAUUAUCCUGUCGAAGAAGCCCGUCGCUCCAACAUGCGACAUCGCCCUAUUGGGUUGGGUGUUCAAGGCCUAGCUGAUACAUUCAUUAAACUGCGCCUGCCAUUUGACUCGGACGGUGCACGGAAACUGAACCGUCAAAUCUUUGAAACGAUUUAUUUCGCUGCUUUGGAAGCUUCAUGCGAACUGGCCAAAGAACAAGGGCAUUACCAGACGUACCCAGGGUCACCGGUUAGCAAGGGUAUUCUUCAGCCCGACAUGUGGAACGUCCAGGUGUCAGACAUGUGGGACUGGGAAGGUUUGCGUGCACGUAUCGCAGAGCAUGGGGUUCGUAACAGUUUAUUGGUUGCACCAAUGCCAACAGCGUCUACGUCGCAAAUCCUGGGGAAUAAUGAGUGUUUCGCGGGGGACACGCCAGUAACUCUGGCUAAUGGAACCAGCCUGCCCAUCAAGGAUGUACGUCCCGGGGAUGAAGUCGUUGCCUAUUCCCCCAUCGUCAAGGGAAUGGUGUCCGCCACUGUGACUGAGCACCUCCCUCGUGCUGUGAAGGAGGUGGUGCGCCUGACGUUUGAAGACGGCCGCAUCUUGACGUGCACCCCUGAUCACAAGUUCCUACUAGCUGACGGCACCUGGCGCGAGGCGUCCAAGAUCGACAUUUGUGGCACCCCUGUGAUGCUUGGGCUGACAGGCACCUUGGACUUAGUCGGUGAAGAUGAGUCCGAUUGGACCUUAGACACCUGCAUUGGACGGCUGUGCAUGGCUAACAAUCGCGAGAAGGUCUUGGCGCUUGCGCGCAUCGUCGGCCUGGUGCGCGCAAAUGGAUCUGUUCAGUCUUGUAAGGUUACCGCUGUGCUCGGUCACACACUUGAUCGCGACGGAUUUCUCAAGGACUACAGGCUUCUGUCUGGAGGCACCAACGUCUCUUAUCGUGUCAACGCGCGCAACUGUUUUGAGGUCGUGAUGACCGGUCCGGUAGCCAGCGCGAUUCGUGAGCUGGCCGGCAUGACAUGCGGAGAGCGUUGCGCAUCCGUCGUAUCGUGGCCUUCAUUUGUGUUGGAUGCAUCGUGCCCAGCCUCAGUGCGUCGCGAGUUUCUAGCAGGCCUCUUUGGUGGUGACGGCUGGGAUCCUGUUAUCGUCGCCAAUUGCGACCAGACUCAGAUGUUCAGCUCCAUUCGACUAUCGCAGUCUGCAUGUGCUAUGCACCGCGAGUCCUUGAUUACGGCCAUGGAGCAACUGUGCGAGCUUCUGUCCAAGGCCGGUGUGCAUGGCGCUUCAAUCAUCAACGUAGGCAAUGUUCAGAAUAAGAAUGGCGAACCCUAUUGCUGCGGAGAGUUGAAGCACGUAUGCGCGCGCAUCGGAUUUCUGCCCAAUGCUUCCUCGCAGCACAUUUUCAUGGACAAGAUCGGUAUCCGCUAUUCUGCUCACAAGGCGCAACGUUCCAGUGUUGUAGCGGCUUGGUCACGCUACCUCUCGGAAGUCAAAAGACAACACAAAGCGGUCUAUACCGAGGCAAGCCCAAAUAAGGGCGCGCUGAGUGACACCCCUAAGCUCGCGAUUGAGAACCUUAAAGAGAACGAACCAGAACCCAACGUGCACUCCUCGACUCUAACGAUUUCUCAGUUGUACGACUACCAUAAGCGACAAAGGACUAUUCUUCGUGCAUCCAACUCAUCGACUAACCCUGCUCAAUCGGUGAUGGACGGGAUUAAGCAGUUUAAGUUCAGUCACGUCAUGUCUGCCGAAGAGUUUCUUGAGAAGCUCGGAGCGCGUGAGUGGUUUGCGAACGGCGAGGCCGCUGGCAAGAUGCACAUGAACGCUGUCGACAUCGAGGCAAUGGCGGUGCCCACUAUGAAGCUUCAAUUGGUCGAUCGUCGGGCAGCCGGUCAGGUGCCGGUAUUCGACAUAAACGUGAAAGGAUUGCACAACUUUCUCGCCAACGGAGUCGUUGUGCACAACUGUUUCGAACCUUACACAAGCAAUAUCUACACCCGUCGCGUUCUGGCCGGUGAAUUUCAAAUUGUCAACCCGCAUCUGUUGAAAGAUUUGACGGAACUGAACCUCUGGAAUGACAACAUGAAGAACCGUAUCAUUGCUGACAACGGAUCAAUUCAACGUAUCAGCAGCAUUCCUGAUGAACUCAAGACAAUUUACAAAACAGUUUGGGAAUUGUCGCAGAAAGUCAUCAUUGACAUGGCUGCAGACCGUGGCGCGUUUAUCGACCAGUCCCAAUCCCUCAAUAUCCACCUGGCGGAGCCCAAUUAUGGCAAAUUGACCAGUAUGCAUUUCUAUGGAUGGAAAAAGGGAUUGAAGACAGGAAUGUACUAUCUGCGUACGAGACCUGCUGCUGAUGCCAUUAAGUUCACGGUCGAUCAGCAGCAGUUGAAGUCUGAUGAAGGUUCGGAGAAGAGCGAAGCCGAGAACAUGGCAGCAGUGGCAUGUUCUCUUGACAAUCGGGAUGCCUGCGUCAUGUGCUCGGGCUAAAUAGUCAAUUAGACAUGAUAGCUACCUUAGACCUUGUAUAUUAAUGUAGUUUCCCUUUUCCAUUUUUCCUUUCCAAUAUAUGUCAUGUAAAUAUCAAAGCUACUUCGACCCUUA